GACAUCAUAAUUCCAGGUUCCCUGGACUUUGGACUCCAGGAAUUAUGCCAGCCCCUACUGGAUUCUCAGGCUUUGGGCCUUGACCAGAGAAUUACACCAUCAGCUUCUCUGGUCCUGAGGCUUUGGACUUAGACUGAGCCAUGCUACUGUCAUCCUAUGGUUUCCAGCUGGCAGAUAGCUGAUCAUGGUACUUCUUAGCUUCCAUAAUUAUAGAAUGGCAAUGGUCUCUGCAAUGUCCUGGGUGCUGUAUUUGUGGAUAAGUGCUUGUGCAAUGCUCCUCUGCCAUGGAUCCCUUCAGCACACCUUCCAGCAGCACCACCUGCACAGACCAGAAGGAGGGACAUGUGAAGUGAUUGCAGCACACAGAUGUUGUAACAAGAAUCGCAUUGAGGAGAGGUCACAAACAGUAAAGUGUUCCUGUCUACCCGGGAAAGUCGCUGGAACAACAAGAAACCGACCUUCUUGUGUUGAUGCCUCCAUAGUGAUUGGGAAGUGGUGGUGUGAGAUGGAGCCUUGCCUAGAGGGAGAAGAAUGUAAGACACUCCCUGACAAUUCCGGAUGGAUGUGUGCUACAGGCAACAAAAUUAAGACCACACGGAUUCACCCAAGAACCUAACAGAAGCAUCUAUCUUAGUAAAGAAAAACCAACCCUGAGGAAAAAGCACUUUGAGAAUUGAAAACAUCUUACACAUUUACAAGCCAAAUGGAUUUCUUAUUUGCACUCUGGUUAGUAGAUAAUCACAGUGCAUUUAGUGUACAUAACAAAAUAUCGUAUAGUGAGAAGACUCAGAGUUUUGGCAACACCAUGGAAAGUGGGUUUUAAAAAAGGGUUUUCUCAGUGAAAUUUUUCGGCAUCAUGAAGAACGAUCUUCUAAUUUGAAUCUAUAGUUACUUUGUACCAUUUGAAAUAUAUGUAUAUAUAUAAUAUUUUUAAAUAUUAUAUAUUCUCUUCAAGAAACGAACAGUACUACCACAGUUUGAGUCGGCUGGUGUACCUACCCCCUUUGAGUUUUGGAUGUUUGGUCUAUUUUGCUUUGUUUCGUUUGUCAUUUCUUUUCCUAUCAACAAGGAUAGGAAUUGUCCUUGGAAGAAUUCAAGAAUGGCGCGGACACUGGAAGGCCAGAUACAGGUGGACUCCUGGAAUUGAGGCAUCAUAAUGAUUCUGAGUCAAGAGCUUACUUCUGUUUCUACUGGAUGGCCCAAAGAAGAACUUCAUCCUGUUUUAUUGCUUUCUACCCUGUGCAAUAUUAGCAUGCAAGCCUGGCUUACAUAACCAUACUUUAUAUUCAAUCGACGUGUAAUAACCGUUCUAACCUCUUCAACGAAAAUAUUUUUAGAACUACUAGCUUUUCCAUGUACAAGAAAAUGAGGGUCCUUGAGGGAGCUGCUCCACCAUGCUAUUAACACUCUGGCAGAGUUAUGGUAGUAUAUGGAUCCUUGUAUUAAUAAGUCCUGUAAAUACAAUGUCUUAAGGCUUUGUAUCAUUGUCCUAGACUGCAGAAAUGUCCU